GAUAGAUAAAAAGUAAACUAAACGGGCGUUGGUGGUGGGUGGUCCAACCUGUUUUUAGUGUCAACCACUAUACAACUUCAGAAUAGAAUCCAAAACCACAACUCUUGUCUGUUCGUGUGAGGGAAAGAAACCAGUUCUUGCCGUUGAUUAUGGACGGAAAAAGGGCCAGCACCACCGCCGGAAAGCCCAUCAAGUGCAGAGCUGCGAUUGCUAGGAAAGCAGGAGAGCCGCUGGUGAUAGAGGAGGUGAUAGUGGCCCCACCAAAUCAUCAUGAAGUCCGAAUCAAAAUCAUAUGCACUUCUCUUUGUCAUACUGAUGUUACCUUUUGGAAACUGGAGCAUCCUCCUGCUAUUUUCCCCAUAAUACUUGGUCAUGAAGCAGUAGGGGUAGUAGAGAGUGUAGGAGAAGGUGUACAUGAAGUUGUUGAAGGAGACACUGUGAUCCCAAUAUUUUUAGCCGAUUGUGGUGAAUGUAAAGAUUGUUUAUCCGCAAAAAGCAACCUAUGUACAAAUUUCCCUCCAAGACCUUCUCAUGGAAUGCAAAGAGAUGAAACAAGCAGAUUCACAGACAUCAAUGGAGACACUUUAUACCAUUUCUUGAAUGUAUCAAGUUUUACUGAGUACACAGUGAUUGACAUUGCUCAUGUAACUAAAAUUAAUCCAACAAUCCCAGCAAAUCGAGCUUGCCUUUUAAGUUGUGGAGUAUCAACUGGGGUAGGUGCUGCAUGGAAAACAGCGAAAGUGGAAGCUGGAACAACAGUUGCUAUAUUUGGACUUGGUGCAAUUGGGCUAGCAGUUGCUGAGGGAGCAAGGCUAUGUGGAGCUAAGAGGAUCAUUGGUAUUGAUGUGAACCAAGAUAAGUGUGAAAUAGGAAAGAAAUUUGGAGUAACUGAUUUUGUGAACUCCAGUAACAUUGGUGACAAAACUUUGAGCCAGAUAAUUAUUGAGAUGACUGAUGGGGGUGCUGACUAUUGCUUCGAGUGCGUUGGUUUGACAUCACUAGUGAAUGAAGCUUAUGCUUCUUGUAGAAAGGGAUGGGGAAAAACAGUUAUGGUGGGGAUUGACCACCCUGGGGCCAUGUUGACCUUGAGUUCUUUUGAGAUACUUUACAGUGGGAAAUCACUCAUGGGAUCGUUUUUUGGAGGUUUGAAACCAAAAUCCGAUAUACAUCUCCUCGAAAAACUCUAUUUGGAUAAGGAACUAAAACUGGAUGAAUUCGUGACACAUGAGGUUAACUUUGAUGACAUCAACAAGGCUUUUGACUUGCUCCUUGAAGGGAAGAGCCUACGAUGUGUGAUUUAUAUGAACAAAUGAUCUAACUUCAUUCGAUGAUGGAUUUUUUUUUUCAUUAGCUGUAAAUGUAUGUGUCAUAUGCAGCAACAAGAUAACGAUAAUGUUAGCUUCCUCAUUAACAUUUCAAAUAAUGUAAGCGUUUGAAACA